AUGGGUGUCUCUGGUCGACGAUGGAAAACGGCGAGCUCUCAAUCGGUGGCUAUCCUCGGUGAAGGAAACGGUGAUUUCUCUCCCGUGGUGGCUAUCUCAGACGAGGGAGAGUCGGCGAUUGUUUCUCAAGGGAAUCGAAAGAGUUCAAACUUUGUUGAGCUACUUAGCCAACAAAGUAUUUCAUUUGCUAACUAUGAAGAUAGUACACUAUCUUCAUCUCGAGUUCCUCCUCUACGCACCGAUGAUGUCGGGAACGAUGUUGGCGAACGUCGGGAACGAAGAAAAUGGACACCGACUGAUGAUGUUGUAUUGAUCAGCUCGUGGCUUAACACGAGUAAGGAUCCAGUGGUUGGUAACGAGCAAAAAUCAGGCGCCUUCUGGAAGAGAGUCGCAGCUUACUUUGAGGCAAGUCCGAAGCUUGCUGGCUGCGAGCAGAGAGAGCCCAGCCACUGUAAGCAAAGGUGGCACAAGAUUAACGACUUGGUGAGCAAGUUCUGUGGGUGUUAUGAAGCCGCAACGAGAGAGAAGGCUAGCGGAUGCAAUGAGAAUGAUGUCCUGAAGCGAGCCCAUGAAAUUUUCUACAAUAACCACAAGAAGAAAUUCACCCUUGAGCAUGCCUGGAAGGAGUUAAGGAACGAUCAGAAGUGGUGUGACCUUGCCACUGCCAAAACUGAUGGAAGCUCUAAGAAGAGGAAGUGUGAUGAUGGUGCAGAUUCAUCAAGCUCGCAAGCUACUGGAUCCAAGCGCCCAGCGGGUGUGAAGGCUGCAAAGGCCGGUGGUAAGAAGACUAUGGCAGAGGAGACUGUGCAUGCUGAGUUUCAGAGAAUGUGUGACAUUAAAUAG